GCAUGACCAAGUAUAAUACUAGUGGGGGUGACGCCAUAUUACUCACUACGUAUAAGUACCCACGGUAGGGGAGGAGUCACUUCCGAAACUCACAAAAUCCGCGUCAGCUAUCAACAGUCAAGUGCCGCCAUUACCCCAGAGGUUUUGAUAAUUUCUUUAUUUAAUUCUCUUUCCAGCCCCGGUCGGCAAGUUUUCUUCAACCUACUAUCUUGAAAGACUCUCUUCAACACCCCUUUGUCCCCUCUGACAUCCUUAAAAAUACACCGACUAAUACAAUUAAUUAACCUAUAAAUACCGGCAAUAUGAAGGUGUCAACGACGCCUCUCUAUGCCAACGAGGCGCUAGGCCGAGCGGUUACCUUUUACUCGUCGGGGCAAUCACUUACUAUCCCUAAGCCUAUCCGAAACUACCAUUACAAAAUCUUCCGUGAGCGCCAUGACUCCAACUAUAUGAUCUCAGAGUUCCAGUCUCAGGCCCUUGUCUUCCUUGCUCGAGCCAUUGGCGCUAAACGAGUCCUUGAGAUUGGUGUUUAUGUUGGUUACUCGGCCAUGAUUUGGAGCCAUGCUGUCGGCCCUCAGGGUAAAGUUACUGGCCUCGAGUACAACGAAGAGUACGCCAAGUUAGCACAGGAGGCUUGGAAGGAUGGAGGCUUCGAGAAUAUCGAUGUACAUGUCGGUCCUGCCGCUGAGACUCUCACCAAGCUCGCUGAUAUAAGCGAACCUUAUGAUAUCAUCUUCAUCGACGCGGAUAAGACGGGCUAUAGUGGUUACCUACGCCAGAUCUUGAAGAUGUCGGCUCCAGGUGCCAAGAAUCGACUCCUCCGCCCCGGCGGCAUCAUUGCAGCAGACAACACACUACGCCAAGGCUUAGUUGCCGAGUCUGGUCCGGACAACCCCUGGCGACCCGCCGAUUUCGAUAACCCCGAUUCUUCCCAGGCCAUCGCUGUGGCUGCCAUUAGGGAGUACAACGACCUCGCGACUGAGAACGACCGUUUAGAGACACUUCUAAUCCCUCUUUGGGACGGUCUGCACUUGUCCAGGCUGGUGGACUAAGUUGGUGAUCGGAAAUUUCCUCACCAUGGGGAACUUGAGUCUGCCUGAUUGCGAGAUCGCGGCUUCAUUUGCAUUGGCAUUUGCAAAGCUUCUUCUCCAAAGGGAAUAAGAGAUAUGCAUAAUCGCUUACGAAAGCACAGAAUGGUAUAUGCGAUUUGCAUGAUUCGUCGGCUUAUAGGCUCUGCAGUCAAUCAAAUUGAUUGCGGAAUAUAAAAGAAUGAUAUUUCUUCAAUAUUGGUGUCCAAGACCCAGCCCGCGUAGGACUCUUAACUCGCUAAGCAGUUAACGUAUUAUUAGUCCCCUUCUUAUCACUUAUAUUCUACAAUAUAAAUAGUCUAGAAAUUCA